AUGACUUUACAACCUCACGCUAUUGCUUUCCGUUUAAAAAAUUUGUCAGAAAAUCCUUUCAAUUACAAAAACAGCGAAAAAGAGUUGGUUUCUAUUGUCAGAGUUUUGCAAGAGUUAAUAAAGGAAGGAGAGAGAAGAAACCCCAGUAAUCGGAAAAUAGCCAAAAUUUCUGCCGUUUUAGAAAACAUUAAGCAAAAAAAAGAUGAUUUGAGGAACAAUGAAAUGGAGCAACGCCAACUUGGCUUUAUGCGGGGAGUGGACUUAAAUAAAUCGGAAAUUAAAGACUUUAAAAUUACCAAUAACACUAUUUUUUUUCCUCUUACUGCUAUUUCUGGCAUUGGGGAAAAAGUAGCCGAAAAAAUUGUUAACUAUCGGAAAGAAAAAAGUCUCAUUACUAGCAAUUGGUCAGAAGAAUUAAAAGAAACACUAAACACUAACCAUUUGGAGCAGUUAUCUAACCUUCAAAAAUACGACCUAUUAAUUAAUUUAUAA